AUGUCUCGAAAUCUCUCUCGAAUCAUAGUGCUGCUGAUGCUAACGAAAUUCUGUUUGUCUAUUUAUACAGUUCAACCUGCAUCGUUGAAUGCAACUUUAAAUUCAACAGUGUCCUUCACAUGUGAAGCAACCAAAUCUACUGUGUUCCUAAUAUACUUUUACGUUGGUGUUAUUUCUGCAAAUGAAGAUAGCAUUGUUGAAAGAGGAUUUAUACAAGAAAGUCAGUAUACCCUUAACGAAACUUUGCAAAGAUCAUUAUCUGUUUGGGCCCAAGAAACUAAUAACAAUACUAACAUAUCAUGUAGUACUGUUCCUGGAAAUAUUAGAAGUACCAUUGCUAUACUAAAAAUACAAGGUCUAUUAGCUAGUGUUGGUGAUUUAACAACUACCUUUAUCAAUGAAUCUAGUGUACUAUUGUCAUGGACAGCACCUUAUACACUGGACAAUGUACCUAUCACUGGAUACUACAUUGACGAUGGUUCUAGCAACUAUACCACUAGUGAUACUUCUUUUGUAAUAUCAAGUACUGAUCCUGAUCCUUGUAUCUUAACUAAUGUAUCAGUGUCUCCUAUUAAUGGAGUUGGAAGAGGUGAACCAGCUUAUACCAGUUUCUAUUAUGAAAGAGUUCCUGUUGUAACUCCUAUAAUGUCGGUUAUGCUAUUACUUUAUGAAGCAAUAAUAAAUGUUAGCAUGAAGAUCAACAAGUUAUGUAUUGGAGAGUAUCCUAAUAUCAUAACAUUUUAUGUAUUAGAAACCGAUGGUACAGUAGUGUAUAGCAACAGUAUAUCACCAGAAAUUAAUGAACUAACAAUGGUUAUGACAGGACAUAGUCCACUAAUAUUACCUGAUAUUUCUACUGUUUUUAUUAUUAAUGUAUCAUUGAGUAAUGAAGGAGGUGAAUUUAAUGACGUAUCAUCUUUUGGAUUUGCUAGUGUACCAGUUUCUAAUAUUAGAGCAGUAGUAUAUAACUGCACUAACAUCACAAUAUCUUGGGAUAGUCUUAAUGAUGCAAGUUAUAUAAAUUAUUACAGACUGGAAAUAUAUGAUAAUAGCAACGACCAGUUAGUGAACAGUGCUAUGGUGUAUGGCACAACUUAUCAAUUUAAAGUUGAGCAUUUGAUUUAUAAAGUUAUUAUAACUGGAGUGAAUGAAAUUGGAAAAGGAAUGUCAAAAAGUUCGGUUAUUUCCUUUCAAAAAAUUCCUAGAUCACCUGAAGCAGUUUGUACUAUACUAAACCAUACAAAUGAUUAUGUUCAUUUUCUGGUUGACAUUUUAGAUACAAUGGAUUGCAUACUUGAAGCUCCUGAUUAUAUUAUUAUCCGUGUAUCAUGUAAAGAAAUUGGUAUCGUAUUUAGUAGAAUAUAUCCAGCAGAAUAUAAUGCCACUGAAUUUGUAUUUUCAGUACCCCAGUACCAAGCAGAGUGUAAUCUCAGUAUUGUGUUGAGUAAUGAUGUUGGUCGUAGUAAUCCAUUGAUUAUACCAUUAGAUACAACCUUUCCUCCUACAACUAAUUUUAUACAAUUGCCUACUAUACUAUUAACCUCUACAAAUUCUACUACAAGUAUUGUUAUUACAGCAGUAACGGUAUCAGUGUGUACAGUUAUUAUACUGCUAAUAGUAUGUUUUAGUGUACUAGUGAUCAUCAUUAUACAUAUGAAAAGGAGAAGCAAAACUGCGAGCAUAGUUUCGGUCCCUAAUCCAGCAUAUGAUGAUAUUGCUAAGUUUAAUACAAAUAUUAGCAUCAAUCCAGCAUACGGUGAAGUAAAAACAGAUACAAGACAAAAUGUUAUAUAUGAUGAAAUAAUUUUGUGACUUAUUCAUUUUGAUUUGUGUGAUCAGUAUCAUUUAUUGUAGUUUCAGGUACAUAAUAA